GUGUGGCCUAGCGUACUUGCGGUGCUUAAACACGCCCAUAUCGUUGAUUACUCCAUACAUUAUCAUGCCUCGCUUCACCUCCUCAUUGCCAACAUGAAGUACACUGGUACUGAUUACGAGGUCGACAUGAAGAAAGUCGCCGAGGAUCCUGAGACUCAGAGGUGGCGGGCGAUGACGGAUGGAAUGCAGGAGAGUCUGGUUGAAGGAUAUACC